GGUUGAGCAGCGUUCAGUGAUGGCGGCGGCGGCGCCUCCGGGAGCGGCCGGGCCUGGAAUGGUGGCGGGAGCCGGGCCUGGUCCCGCGGUUGUGGCGGCGGGGCCCGGAGCCGGUCCCGGAGCGGCAGCGGGAGGCGGCGGGGCCGCGGCCAAGAGCGGCGAAGAGCGGCUGAAGGAGAUGGAGGCGGAGAUGGCGCUGUUCGAGCAGGAGGUGCUGGGGGCUCCUGGCCCCGCCCCCGGGGAUCCCCUGGCCCCGCCCCCUGUCCUGCGCCCGAUCAUCGCCACCAACACGUACCAGCAGGUCCAGCAGUCCCUCGAGGCUCGCGCCGCCGCCGCCGCCACCGUCCCCCCGUUGGGGACGCCCCCGGUGCCGUUCGUGGGGCCAGCAGUGUCACCGCAGAGGCCGCCCAUCCUGCGCCCGGCCUUCGUGCCACACGUGCUGCAGCGUCCAGCCGGUCCCAGGGGUCCCCUGGCCCUGCGCCCCCCACCAGGGGCCAUGGUGGGGGUGGGGCCCGCCCGGGGCUCCCCCGCCCCCCCCCUGCUGCUCGCCCCUCCCCCACUGCAGAGACCACCCCCCACCCCCCUGGGGGCACCGCUGGGGGGAGCCCUGAGAGCAGCGAGCCCGCAAAACGUCGUUGACGACCCAAAACCCUCGUUUUUCACCCCAAACGCAGACGAUUUCCGGAUUUUUUGCGGCGAUUUGGGGAACGAGGUGAACGACGAGACCCUGGGCCGCGCCUUCGGGCGCUUCCCGUCCUUCCUGAAGGCCAAAGUGAUCCGGGACAAGCGCUCGGGGAAGACCAAGGGCUACGGCUUCGUGUCCUUCAAGGACCCCAACGACUACGUCAGGGCCAUGAGGGAGAUGAACGGCAAGUACGUGGGCUCCCGGCCCAUCAAGCUGCGCAAGAGCCAAUGGAAGGAUCGGAACCUGGAGGUGGUGAGGCGCAAACAGCGCGAGAAGAAGAAACUGGGGCUGAGAUAACCCGGACUGGGAGCAACUGGGAGCAACUGGGAGGGACUGGGAUGGCAAUAAAGAUCCGGUUUAAAUAUUCAAGUCACGCAGCAACUUCCGGUCUUUCCCCACCCUGCUUCCGGUUUCUCCCGCUAUAUUUCCGGUUCCGCCUCCGGUAUCAUCCGGGUUCCAAAAAUAUCCCAUCCCGUGCGAGUCGAGACUUCCGGGUAGAACCGGAAGUUACCCAUAACCACUUCCGGUGGCCAUUCUGCUCCCAAUCAAACCUCUGACGUCACCUCCAUGUCCCACCCACUUCGUGCCCCAAUUUCCACUUUUUUGGCCCCAUUUCCGUACCGGAAGUGACCGCCCGCAGCCGUGCGGGGGCGCUGUCUCCACGGGCGUUGCGGGCGCGCACGAUGACGUCAUAGGACGUGGCCGGGCGGAGCCCCCCCAGCGUGAGGGCGAAACCGGAAGUGAUAAGAGCGGCGGGUGGGGGAGGGGCGUCCGGCCCUUCUGCCCUGGGGGAGGGGACAAGGAGGAAGUGAGGAGGGGCGGGAGCGGAAGUGGGAGAAGUAAGGGGCCGGGAAAAGCUCCGUGGAGAGGGGGGAAAGGGGCGGGGCCAAGAGGGGCCCUGAGAGUGCCGGGGAAGAAAAAAAAAAAAAAACAAAAAAAAAACCCUUCAAAGAACCGGAAGUUGAUGUGUAAGAACAGGAAAUAAUACAAGGAACCCUUAAAGGGACCGGAAGUUGAUAUGGGCAGGGCGGAAGUGAUGCAAUACGGCCCGGAAGUGGCUCCGAAGCAGGACUAGCACCCUCUACCGGAGCAGGAAGUGCUGGGGGAGGCCGCCAUCGAAGCCGGGAUCCCACGCGAGGCUCAGCGAUGUCUCUGAGACCCCCGAGAGCCGCAGGGCCCGGGGAGGAUCCGGUCGGUCUGAGCGGGGGAGAAAUGAUUCCAGUGCUGCCAGUACCCUCCCAUUAUCAUCCCAGUAGCCCCCCAAACCCUCCCAGUGUGAGCCAGCGCCCUCCCAGUGCUUCCCAGUAUCAUCCCAGUCUUUCCCAGUGCCCUCCCAGCAGCCCCAGACCAGCACACCCAGUAACCCCAAAUCU